GCAGAUAUGAGAAGGUGUUUAGAAUGCUGAGUGGUAAUUCGAUCCACUUCUAGUGGGACGUGACAAUUAGGACUUAGCCCCCAGUUCAUGUGUAAAGUGCGUGAAUAGAGAGGACAUAUUUAUUUAUUCAUUCAUUUAUACAUACGUGUUUUAAUCAACACAGAACAUUUUCUCGGAUUAUCAAAAUGUAAAAAAAAAAAAUAAAUAAAAAUUCUAAAGAGUAAAUAUGAUUUCAUAUUUUGUAACUAAAUCAAUGAAUAUUACUGUUUUGUAUACAAUCUAGCCUGCCAAUGGAUAAACGGAACAAACCAGUGGGACAUGAAUGGUUUUGCUACAGUAGCGAUAGUUUAAGUUUGUUAUUAUUAUUAUUAUUAUUAUUAUUAUUAUUGAAUGCAAAACAAUAGUAAAACCAUCCGAAAUAUUUACCAUGAUUUUACUAGAGUCUUCAUGGUUUAACUGUGAUAUAAGGUGUAAUUAAACCUUAAUAACAACAUAAAAGCCCAGUAAACCACAGCCUAACCAGUAUUUUUGUGCAAUCAUGUAACUGUAACGACAGUUAACAUCACCACAGUUACAUUACAGUUACAGUUUCAUGAGAUGAAAUUUAAGCCUGAUAUGGAAAAUUGGGAUAUCCCCUAGAUGAGAAAGCAGAGUGUAUGUGAGUGUGUUUUCGGCAGGAGGCGCAGCGUCUGCUCUCUCAGUGUAAAAUGUCUGUCUCUGCUUGAGCCGUGUUUCUUCCUGCUCUGACGCUGGGCUGCCCUCAAUCAGAAACUAAAACAAAGAUGACAAGGCCGCUACUUUUGUGUAAGUGUCCGGAUCAGGGAGUCGUAGCAUAUCUCCAAACAUCAUAUUAGCACAAAAGCCCGGCUGGUACUGGAGUGUCAACACGACAUAUUCCCGCCUGAAGUAGUCACUCGGCGGCGGCAUGUCGCUGAGCUCAGGCGGGUGGACUCACACACCUCCGCCGGCCCAGUCUGCACCGUCUCAUCUCGGCCAGGAGGCCUCGCAGUCGGCCUGUAGCACUGUGUUGAUGUCGGUGAAGGUGUCAGUAUGCCACUCAGGUAUACGACCGCUUUGUCUCCCGGGGGCCGGAGACGAAUCUCUCCGUCUUCAGCUGAGCAUGGACCCAGGGAAGGCAGGGGAAUUCCGCCUCGCGUUACGGGACAUCAGCGGAGCCGCGGCUGGACGCAGCGUGUCCAUUGCUGAGUUUGACCUCAAGACUGUUUGCUAUGAAGUCAAGUCCCCACAGUGCCAUGAACUGAGUUUGGCAACACCACCACAUGAUCGUAUCACUUUCAACUUCCGCUGUGAGCAGGAAGCACAGGAGUGGGCCACUGUGGUGAUGUCAUCACUCCGUGAGGCACAAAGAGUGGCGAUUAGUUCCCCCAAUGAAGAAAGACGGCUACCUCCUCAGCCUCUGGAUACACAGAGCAAUCCACCCAUGCCACGUACAGAGGAGAUUUGUGCGGAGCUGGUUAGCGCAAUAGAGGCAGGUGAUGUUCGUUCGGCAUCUGUCUGUGCAUCGUCUUUAGCUAAACAGAGAGCUGCUCUGAGCAUUCAACCAUCUAAACGAAAUUACACAGACACUGAAAUUAGCCUGGCUGUGGUGGUAGAGGAUGCAUCCUCCUCCUGUUGUGUCACAGUGAAAGUCUUCCCUCACUCCACAAUUGGUGCUCUCAAACAUCAGGUCUUUGCAGACUAUGGUUUUCAUCCACGUGUGCAACGCUGGGUCAUCGGCCAGUCUUUGUGCGCUGAUCACCGCUCUCUGGCUUCUUAUGGAGUUCAGCGAGAAGGCGACACUGCAUUCCUUUAUCUCAUUUCUGCCCGUCAGGCUCGUCUCAGUCGAGGACUUUACCAACAAGAACAGGAGAGUGCUUUGCUCAUGCCGGCUUUGGUGCCAACAACUAAUCAGCCCCACCAAGAAGCAGUUACCAAUGGGCCAGCACUGAACACAACCUCAAGACCAUACAGCACCCUGCCUACAAGACUUCAUAACAGCCAUAAUACCCUGAGUAACAGUGCGGGAAGUACAGAGAGGUUGGGUUUGGGUAAUAUUCGUGACUUCAUCAACCUUGAGCUACCACAGUUAAAUGAAGCCCUGGCGCCCAACAGAACAAGCACACAGCUGGGAUGGGCCUGCCCAACCUGUACAUAUAUUAAUAAACCGACACGUCCUGGCUGUGAAAUGUGUAGCGCAGACAGACCUGAAGGCUACACUGUUCCUGGCAACUACAGACCAGAUGCUCUGGAGCUAAGACGCAUUCAACAGGAAAAAGAAGCAAUAAGGCAGUACCAACAGGCCAGAGAAGCAGAACGCAGAGAGAACUAUGCACGUCUGGUGCAGAUGGACGGACAGGAUCUGGUUCCUAACCCAGAGAGAGUGGAGUGCAGGAUCUGCUAUGUGGAGCUUGAGCCUGGCGAGGGAGUCCUGCUCCGAGAGUGUCUCCACUGCUUCUGCAAAGAGUGUCUGCGCUCUGUGAUUCUGAUGUCGGAGGAUCCUCAGGUGGCAUGUCCAUACAGAGACGAGGCCUACGCCUGCGAUUGCAUCUUGCAGGAAAGAGAAAUCAGAGCUCUGGUGUCAGUAGAUGAUUAUGAGCGCUGGUUGCAGAGGGGUCUGUCUGUUGCAGAGUCUCGAUGUGGCAGUUAUCACUGUGCUACAGCAGACUGUCCUGGCUGGUGUGUUUAUGAAGACACUGUCAACACUUUCCACUGCCCAGUGUGCAAAAAACAAAACUGCCUGCUCUGCAAGGCCAUUCAUGAAGGGAUGAAUUGUAAGCAGUAUCAGGAUGAUCUAGCAGCCCGUGCCAUCAAUGACUCUGCAGCGCGAAGAACCAGAGACCUGCUGAAGACUCUUGUUAAUUCUGGAGAGGCGAUGCAUUGCCCUCAGUGUGGCAUCAUUGUGCAGAAGAAGGAGGGCUGUGAUUGGCUGCGCUGUACUGUCUGCCACACUGAGAUCUGCUGGGUCACCAGAGGACCACGCUGGGGGCCCAAAGGUCCUGGAGACACGAGUGGAGGCUGCCGCUGCAAUGUCAACAAACAGAGAUGCCACCCAAAAUGCCAGAACUGUCACUAAAGGAAAGAGCAGAGAGAGAAGGGAAGAGAGAGUAUUGUCGUCUCAUGGCAGUUUGUGACAUUAUAAAAGGUUUUGACAGACAUCAGGGUUGCCAGGUCUGUGUAACAAAACCACCUCAAUUGGUGCUCAAAACUAGCCCAAUUCCAGGUGGUCAAAACCUGCUUCUAGGUCCCAACUUGGUCAAAAUCAUGCUCCAGGAGGGCGGGGGUAUUUUGCGGACUAUAAAAAAACAGCCCAUGGCAGCAUUAUGAAAGUAGCUUAAUUCCGCGGACAACACUGACAGACAUACACUUUGUGUGAGAGCUGACAUAUACUGUCCACCUGUUUUAUUUUCAAGUUAGUUUUCUGAUGUUUUUAACUGAAAUACGUAGCAAAAAAUGUUUCAAUGGUAAAUUUUAUGUAAGUAAAUCAUAAAGCAAUUGAAGGCACCAUGGGGAAUCCACUUGAAAACAGACUCCUCCUAUUGAAUGGCUACUGUAUCAGUCAAGUCAGCAUCCUAAUAUUGUGUAAUUAUUUCAAAGACCCACAGAAAAGCUUUACAUUUUCUCAAUUGUAUGUUAUAUAGAAAAUAUCACCUAUACUAUGAAAGUAUUUUGUUUCUGAUCGACUACAAAAAGGUGGCAUUUGUAUUUGAAUGGCUUGUGAAUGUUCACACAGCUACUACAAAAUUUAAACUCACUUAAAACUGCAUGAGUAUUGCCACGCUGAAACUAUUUUGAGUUAUUUAAGACAGAAUUGCUGCUUUGAGGGGGCUUAAAUUAGUGAUUUGCAAAUUAAUUAUUCUGUUUUACCAGUUCUUUUUAAUGAUUCAGUCAACUUGCAGAUCACUCAAGUAAAACUGUGAUGUGGGUGGCACAUCAGGACCUUAAGCAACAGAACAUUGAACAUUAUGUAUAACCUAAAUCAAAAACAUUUUGAAAAAAAUCGAUUUUAAUACAAAAAUGGGAAAGUUUUUAAGCAUUUUUUAAUCUGAUCAAAUGAUCCCAGGAGGACAAAAAUUAAGCCAAAGCUAAUCUGAAGCUGCCGAAAAAAAGGAAAAUAAGGGAAUGAUUACAAUGCACUUACACAAAUACUUGUGUAUUUGUCUUGUCUUACUCUUAAAGCUAUACUACACUGUUGAGACCUGUUACUGAAAGUGCCUUUUCUUGCCUGUUUUCAUCACUUAACCACUAACAUGAGCAGUCGUUUUCAGUGUUACAUUUAUUGUUAUUAUUUUAAAUACUGUAUGUUGCUGUUGUUGUAGAUUUGUGAUCCAGGAUAAUUUAUGUGUGCCGUGUUUUCCCUUCACCUUUCCUACCAACCAAGAGACAUUGUAUUUUGUGCAUAUGUUGCACAUUAGUUCAGUAAGAUUAACACAAUCGAGUAUAUUGCUUUAAGAUUUGAUUGUUUGUUUGUAAGUUGGAUGUGAUUAAUAUGUAGCCUAGUUACUUGGUAUUGUUUUAAUGUUACAUUGCGAUGCUAUGCUAAUUUAAGUAGCAGUAAUGAUCAAGAGCAGGGACCUGAGGAUUGUGUGGAAAGUCCUCAAGACUGUUAUAAGCCAAAGGACCGAUGUUGAUCCCAAAGCUUUGAAUCUAUGCACUGAAACAAAUGUCAGCACCCAAAGCAUCUACUUAUGCAUCAAACAAACAUUUCAAAAUUUAAAAAAAAAAAACUUAUUUUCUUUAGUUUACAGUUUUGUUUUGUUUUUGCACCUAAAGGAGUAGUUUUUUUUUUUUUUUUAAUUUUUAAGCAUUUAUAUUGUUGUUGUGACUGAGAAUCCAGUGGAAUUAUGCAAUAUGUUUGUACAAUUGCAAAACAGUUGUGUUUAGUGAGGGGGCAUUCAUCCUUUCUCAUGAUAUUAUGAACCUCACUAGUUCAAAUAGAGUGUUUUUGCAUGUACCACAGAAGAAAAUGAAUGACUGAAAAUGAAAAGGUCCCUGCACCUGCAGAAAUCUUACACUUUAAUUCAGGGUUGCAAGUCUUAAAAAGUGCCUUACGGAUUAUAGUACUGAGCACUUGUAUUGACAAUAUUUAAGAUAUUCUCAUUAUUACGUACAUGUUUGGACUAAUUUAACAUGCUUCACCUUUUGUUCUUAAAAAAUAAAAAAUAACCAACCUGUAUUUUA